AUGGACAGGUUCCUCCAGGACCCAGAGAACGACAAGCUCUUGAACGAGCACAACCAGGCUCUUGAAGCUGCCGAGGCCGUCAAGGGCAUGCAAUUCAAACCAAAAGUAACACGACAUGAACUCUUGAAACAGUUCGAAUAUCGACAAAAAAUAAAUCAAGAUCAACAACGAGGCCGAGCUAGAUCCAGCACAGUGGAUGUCUCCUUUGACCCUCCCAUCUAUCCACCAUGCCUCGCUCCUUUGGAAGACCUGAAAAAGGUCAUGUUCAAGGAUUUGCUUCUUGAAACUCAUCAUAGGGGUUCUUACAUCCUAGUCAGAUCAAUCACCGAGGCAGAGAAGAUGACUGCAGUCGUGGCCAUUGUGGAAGACGAAAAGAAAGAUGCGAUCCCGCUCCAAAUGUUGAACGAGAAGCUCUGCUGCCAUGAUGGCUCUGUUGGUAAAGGGCAUAUUUUGCUUGUGAAGGAGCCAUACCUGACUUUGACGUCCGUUGGCGAAUACGGGGUCAGAGUUGAUCACGUUUCUGAUGUCUUGUUCAUCCCAUUGUUCGACAAGAUGGUCCCGUCAGCCUGGCGAGAGCAGCUUCCAGAGGAUGAAACCUCUCAGUGGAUGGCCGGAGCAUGGCUAAGGAUGGGCAACGAGUAUCUCAACCGGGGCAAAUUUUACUCCGCCACUGAAUAUUACUCCAAAGGAUUGGAGCGUUCGCCGACAGAAGAAGAAACGCAUUACCUUUUGUACUACCGAGGCCUGGCCUUCUUCCAGGUCGAUGAGUGGGAUGCAGCUCUGCGUGAUCUCGAUACCGCUCCAGUAGGUCCAAAAUCCGAUAAAGCCCUUCGAGGCAAAGCCCAAACCCUAUACCAUCUGAGAAGGUUUCGGGAAAGCUGCGAUGUAUUCACAAAACUCUGCAAAAAACACCCCGAAGAUGUCGGUGCCAAGAACGAUUUCCGUGAAGCUAUUUCACGACUUGCAGAGCAAAAGAAGGGCAGAUACAACUUCAAGACGAUGCAGGAGAAAGCAUCGAAAACCUACCCGCCAGUCUUGGACCAUGCGACAUGGAUUGGCCCAGUGAAAGUCCGGCAAACCAAAUCCCAAGGGCGAGGCCUAUUCACAACAGAGGCAGUCAAGGUCGGUGAUUUACUUCUCUGUGAGAAAGCAUUUGAAUACGCAACCGAGCACCCUAGCAGGCCAAGCUGGGGCAGCAACCUCCAUGUCAAUACUGAAACGAGGACGACCACCCGAGGAGGUCAACUCGCACUCGCAUCGUCGAUCAUCGAAAAGCUGUACAAGAACCCAUCAUCAGCAUCUGCAAUAACUAACCUCCACAGUGCUGGAUUCAAGCAGGUCUCAACAGGCCCCAUUGAUGGCAAGCUGGUGGUAGACACAUUUCAAGUCACCCGCAUAAUCUCCCUCAACGGUUUCGGUAGUCCUACCUCUUCGAGAGGAGACCACAUCGACGACGCACUCGAUGCAAGCAAGAGCCCCGAAAGGCUGCACAACUGCGGCAUCUGGCCCUACGCCUCGAUGAUCAACCACUCAUGCAUGAGCAACGUACACCGCGCCUUCAUCGGCGACAUGAUGAUCAUCCGCGCAGCGACCGAUAUCCCUUCAAAUACCGAGCUGAAAAUCUGGUACCUGCUCCCCGCCCCUGAAAACCAGCCCAUGGAUUUCCGACACUGGGGCUUCGAGUGCUGCUGUGUCAUGUGCACUGACAUCCGGUCGACUGAGCCCCGCAUUCUCUGGACACGGACCAGGCAGCGUGAUCAGAUUGCUAUGGCACUGGAAAGUAAAAGUUGCGAGUACGCUGAGAUUCUCAUAGAGCGUCUCACUGAGACCUAUUCGCACCCUCUGGAACAGGUACUGCGUCUUGGGCUGUGGGAGCCGCUCACUUUAAUUGCGGCGGUUUAUGACAGCCUAAAGCAGCAUGAUGAAGCUAGGGAGGCUGUGAGUCGGGCUCUUGCCGCGGUAGGAUUUGUGAUUGAGGGGGGUGUGGAAGGGCCACUCGUUGUUAAGAAAUGGGGGCUUGCUAUGGAUAAUCUUGUUGUUGCGUGGAGGAUUCUUGGCAAGUCUCUACUCAAGGUUGCGCCUGAGAGGGCCAUGCAGGCAGAACGGUAUGCUCGCAUGUCUUACAUGAUUUCUGUUGGAGAGGAGGCAAGCUUUGAUGCAACUUAUGGAAUGAGCUUGAAGGUGGCUCAUGAGCCUCGUUCUGAGGAAUGCCAAGUGGAAGGCUGGGUAGUUUAG